AUCCCCCAGUAAAACUAGUUUGGUGUCUUGCAUGUUUCAGGGUUUACUGCUCACCAGCUUGGAGGUGAUAUGUGGCUCUUGACAGCUCUGCUCCUUUGGGUUCCAGUUGGUGGGCAAGUGGACCCCACAAAGGCAGUGAUCACCUUGCAGCCUCCGUGGGUAAGUGUGUUCCAGGAUGAACAGGUCACCUUAUUGUGUGAGGGGCCGCAACAGCCUGGAGACAACUCCACAUGGUGGUUUCUCAACGGCACAGCCAUUCAGACCUUGACCUCCAAGUACAGCAUCACUGCAGCGAGGGUCAGUGAGAGUGGUGAAUACAGGUGCCAGACAGGUCUCUCGGUGCCAAGUGACCCUGUGCAGCUGGAAAUCCGCAGAGAUUGGCUGCUACUCCAGAUCUCUAGCAGAGUCUUCACUGAAGGAGAACCUCUGACUUUGAGGUGUCAUGCAUGGAAGAAUAAGCUGGUGUACAAUGUGCUUUUCUACCAAAAUGGCAAAGCUUUUCAGUUUUCUCCUCCGAAUUCUGAACUUACCAUUCAGAAAACCAACACAAGUCACAAUGGCGUCUAUCACUGCUCAGGCAUGGGAAGACAUCACUACACAUCAGGGGGAGUAACCGUCACUGUGAAAGAGCUAUUUUCAGUUCCUGUGCUGAGAGCAUCCUUGUCACUCCCCCUCCUGGAGGGGAACCUGGUCACCCUGAGCUGUGAAACCACGCUGCUCCCAGAGAGGGCUGGCUUGCAGCUGUACUACUCCUUCUACGUGGGCAGCAAGACCCUCGUGGACAGAAAUGCAUCCUCCGAGUACCAGAUUUUAACUGCUAGAAGAGAGGACUCUGGUUCCUACUGGUGUGAGGCAGUCACAGAAGAUGGGAACGUACUGAAGCGCAGCCCUGCCUUGGAGCUUCAAGUGCUGGGCCUCCAGUUGCCAACUCCUGUCUGGUUUAACAUCCUUUUCUAUCUAUCAGUGGGAAUAAUAUUUUUGGUGAACACUGUUCUCUGUGUGAUGAUACAUAAAGAACUGCAAAGAAAGAAAAAAUGGAAUUUAGAAGUUUCUUUGGCUUCAGAUUCUGGGAAGAAAGUAACUUUCCACCUUCAAAAAGAUAGAUAUUUAGAAGAAGAGGUGAAUUGUCUGGAACAACAAGAACAGCCUCAAGAAAAAGCACAACAGAAGAAUCCCUAGGAAGGAGGACAGUGGCAACUCAGGGGCGGCCAUAGAUCUGGACUGCCACUGUCCCUUCCUCUCUAUGGGAGCACUGAGGCACAAACUCCCAAAAGUUGAAGUGCACUAUGUGGGUCCCAUGGCACAUAACUGUUAAAUAAAGAAAAUACAUGAGCUGA